AGAAGCAUUCUCUAUCAUGUCUUCGCACGAUUCCAAAGAGUCUGUCGAACGAGAUGCGUAUGGGCCAUCAGCCACCAAGCGAAUUUCUACCCUAAAAGAGCAUGAAGAUAAAAUUCUUCGCCGGAAGAUAAACGCCUAUCGCAAGAUUCAUAAAAAGGAGAUCGCCCAGGUUUCUAGCAAACUUGUUGAAAUCAGAGAAUCUAUGAAAGAACUAGCGACAGAUCCAUUAUAUGGAAACCAUUCUUUGCAGAGCGUAGAGGGAAGUGAAUAUGGUAACUCUACUAAAAUUCCUAUUACUAACGAACAAAAAUUAAAACUUGGACGUUCGCAAAGUUUUCCAGAUCUAGGGGAUAGAUCGACAACACACACUAGUACAAACACAUGCUCCUUCCCCACCCUAAAACAUGAGCAUCAUGUUGUUCAGAGCAUUGGAAACUCGGCUGAAAGAGCAUCAAGCAAUCGUGAAGAGUUUAAACCGAGAAUAAAGUCCACUAUCUCGCCACACAGUGCUCAAAUAACCAAGUGGCAGCUUACAGAACAUAAAAAACUGGAAAGGUCUAAAACAGCUCCAAUUACAAUGCUGCAGCCGCUUUUGAUCACCACGCAAGAGAUGAUGCGAAAGAAAAUUAAUAUUUCUACUUCAACUCGAGGUGUAAACAUAGAUGAGGUCUCGGAAAGAAGACGUAUUUCACCGCGUUUCGUAGAAAAGAGCCCGAAAACAACCCCACUGGAAUCCCCAGCUGAUUCAGGAGGUUAUGUUCAUCGACCCAAGUCGACAUCUAAUACUCAGGCAUUCCCAUCACACAGCUUCUCCAAAGAUCCGAAAAGGCUGCUCAAUUUUCCCGGCAAGAAAAUUCUUACUAAGACAGAAGCAAGUGAUGGAGGUUCUUCCUUCUCCUGGUUUAAAAAUGAUUACGAAAAAAAAUCAUCAAGCAGUACCUCGAAGUAUUCCCAAAAAUCUCAAAACGGUGAAUUGGAAGUGAACGAUGCUACUCCAGAGAACAAUGAAAAGGGCAUCGAUGAUUUAAAAUGUUGUCGAUACUUAAGAUUUUCCAAGGAAAACCAAGAAAGUAACCGAAUUUAGCGGAAGGUACAACUUAAAAAUCGAGGGAAUCAAGAUAUUACAACCGAAUGUGACACAUGCAGUUAGAAGUUGCCAUGGCUGACUCAUGAAAUGGGAAACAAUUUCAUUUCGUGUUGUGGAAACAAAAGAAUCACUCUCAAUCGUCGUUAUUUUGAUUUGAUUUUUUUUAGAUGAUGAUCCACAAAUUUGGAAGCAAGCUUAACUUAUUUAUAGAAAUCAAUAAAACAGAAAACUUCCAGUCUAAAAAGGAGGCAUGGCGCACACUAAUCUUCUAGAAAUUUCAAACGGCGAAUGAAACAAAAGAACCUCAAUGAUAUCCUAUCGAAUUUUAAGCAAAAGCUACAUCUAUAUUAUGAAGGUGAAACUGGUGUAAUUGUGGAGCAAAUAUGAUAAUGACAAACGCAUUCAAAUAUUUCAA